GGUAAAUUAUGAAUGAUCGCACAAAAGACUCUCUUUGGGAAUCGAAUAAAUUAAUAAUAAAACAAGAACCUUUUGGAGAAAACAACAUGAAUCCAUCAGCGAGCGUUCCAAUUCCUUUAAGGAAGGAUGUACCUGAUUACCGCGACUUCGGGCUGGAAUUGGACAAUUCCGACUCGCCGUUAUAUACAAAUCUUUUGGAUCAAUUCCAAUCGUCAAACUCUUAUGGCGACAGCCCGCUGUGGCACGGAAAGCUAUUGAAUAGCGAUGUCUUAAAGUCAGAAGCGUUAAUCCAUAUGGAUGAGGACGAUAUAUUUCAGGUAGAUAAGGCCGAUUUGAUUCAGGGACCCACUUUGGCCGAGUUGAACGCCAACGACGAGACUUUAUUGGGCGAUUUAAAUUUUGACGACCUAUUGCUGCCAGACGGCAGGACUUACGUAACAAUAGGAAAAGCCAUUAGCAAUUUGUCGUAUAAUAAUAACAAUGAAACCCAGUAUGCAAAUUCUUGUCCAAGAACUGGCUUUGUGUAUUACAAAGAUGUUGAAUUACCUUCAAGUGCCCCGGUGGCUGGAGCUCUAGAUAGUUACGCCAAAAACGUCGUGCCUUCUUUUUCCUCUACCAGUUUGACUAGUUCAAGUUCUUCUUUAGUGCAAUCCUCUUCUCCCCAAAACAUAAACACGGGACCUCAAAAAAAUUACACCCUUGACGAGCUGCUCAAACAGGAAGACUACAAACCAACCGAUAUUUUAGGUCAAUCAGUACCAAAUCGAACAACUCCGUUGUCCGCUAUUAAUAUACUCUCAUAUAAAGGUGAAGUGAACAGGCUUUCCUCAUCUGCUCCAACUCAUUUGGGUCUCGAUCAAAUUUGGCAAAGAAGGGAACCAAGAAAACAUUUACUUUCAACCAGUUCCUUGGUUGAAGCAGGUUCUACUUCAUCCAUAUCGACAAGUGGCAUAUUGAGUCCUGAUCCGCAGGAUCUCUCUCACGACGAACUGGAAAGCGAAGAGGAGAGUGACGUUCAGUAUGAAGACUUUUCAUCAGACAAUGGUGAUUCUGAUGAUGAUGACGAAGCAACAAAACAAAACAAAAGAGACCGUUAUUUCUGGCAGUACAAUGUGCAAGCCAAAGGUCCAAAAGGUCAACGUUUGGUGACGAAAGCAAAAUUGGAGGACCCUCACGUUUUAAACGAGGUUCAGGAUCCAGUUUUUAGUCCAGACUGCUCUCUUAGAGGAAUCAAACACAGCGGUAAGGCCAGGAAAGGCGACGGUAACGACUUGACUCCCAAUCCAAGGAAAUUGUUUAAUAUAGGAAAGGAGCUGGAUAAUUUGGCAAAAGUGAUAAACGAUAUGACGCCUGUAAACGAACUGCCAUUUAACGUGAGACCGACUUCGAGAAAGGAGAAAAAUAAGUUGGCUUCUCGUGCUUGCAGAUUAAAAAAGAAGGCACAACAUGAAGCCAAUAAAAUUAAGCUGAGUGGAUUGGAAAUUGAACAUAAACUUCUAUUAAAUAAUCUUGAAUAUUUAAAGCAGACCCUUAUAGCAAAGUACAAAGACAAUAGAUCAGAGAAAAAGGAGGAGUAUGCUAAAACCUUGGAUAAACUGGCUAAAAGCAGUCAAAAAGUAAGAAUAGCUGGUCAAACCACUGAGUAUGUAAACAAGAUAAUUGAAAAAUACAAACCAGUAAAUCGUAGUACCGAGGAUUUAUAGAAAUAGGUUAAAGGUUAAACAAAAUUUCUUGGGUGAUCCAAUCAAAUUCAUCCUAAUGUAAAUAUUUAUUUAAAAACUAUAUCAGGGUUAAAAUGGUUUUUAAAG